CAGUCUGUCAGAGACAGGUCCUGAGCACAUUUGCUAUUUAAUCCCAUUCAGAAUUCUCCCAUCCCCACCAGCUGCAGAAGACUCUGGGGAUGACAGGUCCACCACGUCGGAAGCACCAAGUGAGAGGAACCCACGCCUGGCCCUUUGUGUCCGCGUCUCAGGCUUGGAGGUGGCCAGGCUUUCUGCAGAAGAGACAUCGACCCAGAGCCAGGCACAUCGAGGGGCAGGCAGUGUGGUCGGCGGGAUGCGCGCUGCCCAGAAGCAGUGCUCCAUUCGGUGGCUUUCUUUUCAUGAGUUGCUGGACUUGGGUAUUAGAGGAUCCUGCUGCGGAAUCGCACAGCCCCCUCAGCCACUCACACCAGCUGCAUGUCAAACUCGUCAGGACAGAAUCUGUUGGAGAUGGAUAACAGAGAGGAGGCGAGGAACGCGCCUCAGGCCAGUCAGUGGAGGAGCUGGAGGUGGCCAAGGCCCUGGUGCCAAGGCCAGGGCUCUUCAGAACACACUCGGACCCACGGUGCAGGUGAGCCGCAGCCUGGGCCAGUGCUGUCCUCCCUCCCUCCUGACUGCUCACGUCCGCCCUGCAGACAGCAGGACCAGACCUCCAGCUCCCCCCUGGGGACACCUCUGCCCAGCUCUGCCGCUCACCCACACUCACACCACCACCUCCUGCCUUGCCUCCGUCUUCCCCUCUGCCAGCCACACUCCCCCUUUCAGUACAGGUGCUGCUCUCACAACAGCCAACAUGCCCGCUCCCUUGUCCGAGAUGCAACAGGGGCAGUGCACAGCUCUCAGCACGAAAGUGGGCCUUCGUCCCUGGCCCCAGCCUCGCUCUGCUUCCCCGGGCUUACAAACAGCCUCACUAUUCACGGACAGUGGCUCUGGACAGUCCCACUGAAAUGGGUGGGUCCCCGGGAGGCAGUACUCAGUACUUUCAGUGUCGCAGACAGGCGCCAGGCAGGAGUGGCUCAGUCACUUUCUCAUCACGGGGACACAGUACCUGGCACCCACGGCCUAAAGGAGGGGAGAUCUAUAUUGGCUCAUGUGGACUUCCCGUGGUUGGCUGGCUCUGAGGCAGAGCAGGCAUGGUGGACAAGAGGCUGGCGGAGGACAGCUGCUCACGUUAUGGCGGCUAGGAAUCAGCAAGGGGAAGAAAGGAGGGAAAGGAAGGAAGGGACCCAGCAUGGAGACAUACCCUAUCAGGCCACAACCUGUGACCAUCCUCAUCCAACCAGCCUCAAUUCCUCACAUCGCAUUUAGCGCUAGUGCCCCCAUGAUUCGUUCAGCCACCUGUCAAAAGCCCCGCCUAGGAGCAUGAGGCUGCAGGGGGCAUCUAGAUAUGAACUACAAUAAGAGGGAAGAAUUCUGAGGCACCCAAUACAUGCGUGCCCAGAUGAGGUUGUACAGCAAUCUGCCUUCUUGUUCCGGGUCUCAUUGUCUAUAUAAGAAUCCUUUUCCUGAUCUAUUUACUGCUAUGUUUCUAGCAUCUUUUGUUGUUGUUUUUGCUGAUGAGAAUGGUCCCCAAAUGUCGUGAAGUUCUGUCUUGUGUCCUUAUGCCUAUGGAGGACGCACAUGUGUUAGAUCAGCUUCUUCCAGGCACAGGACACAAGACUUGGGGAGUUUGAUGUUAACAAACCAGUAAAACAGCAAGUCUGGAAAAAGGAGGAGGAAGUUCACGUGUAUACAUGAGACCCCCAGAAAGUGCUGAAGAAACAUCUAGAGUGUACAAGGAAGCUAUGGAAAAGAUGGAACACUGACUAAAUUUGUGGGUUCAUGAGGUAAUGUCUGAUAACAGUAAGUGUGGGGGAGCAUUCUGAGGCUGAAAGCCAAAGAGAUUUAUGGCCAGGACCUUCUCUGCAUUGGCGGGCUUGUGUGUGGCCUUAGUGAUAUGACAUGAAAAGUAUUAAACCUACAAGCAAGGCAAGCUCUGCAGAGCAGGAGGCUGUGGGAGGAUUUUAAAGACCCCUGCCCUGUAUUCCACACGUAACUGGUGAUGUGAAGAGUUGCUUUUCCACUUUGAGAUUAGCAGAUUUUGCACACAAAUCUAUGUAAUACAAAUAGCAUUUUGGCUGAGCUAAAUAUUGUGAUGAGAAGCUCAAAGGAACGUAACUCUAUAUUUUCCUCUAGGAGAAAUAGUUCCAUGUUCACUGCUACAAGGUUUGAGGCAAGUUUAUAGAACACACCUAUGGUGAAUGAUAAGAAUAAAUGUGCUUCCUUCUGUCCUCACCAAGUAGGCUCUGGUCCCAUUGGACUCUGUAGUUGCCUGGAGACACUUGCCCUGGGCUUCCCUCUCUUCUCCAUCCAUGCAGGGUCAUCCUUCAAAUCCUAGCCAGCCAGGCCUGAGAAGUUUCUCUGGACUCCACCUUAGGAUGACUCAGAGUCUCCUCUGCCUGUUAACACUCAGUACACAGCCCCUGGUUCAGUGUUUAUCACAGCAGUGUGGUCACUCAGAUGUUUGCCUCCCUCAUCAGUCUCGGAGCUGCUACAAGGAAAGACCCACCCAUCCCCCCUCCCUUUCUUCCUUUCUUCCUUCCUUCCU